UGGCAAAGUGUUGUCUGGUGCGUGGUGCGGACGUGUUUGACAGUUAUUCAAAAAUGGGGCCUGAAGUCUAUAAGACUGGCUGCUUCUGAGUCAAAUCCGGUCUGAGAGUGACCCCUGCAAAUGUAUAUAAUACCAUAUUGUUUUUUUGUUUUUCCAACGUGUUAUUAAGCGGAAAAAACAAAUGAAUGAACACGUGAAGGAGAAGAAAGCAGGCAGUUUGAAAGCGGGCAACGAACCUAGCUGACCGAAGAAUCUGUAAAUAAGGUCCGAAGAAGAAUGAAUCAGGAGUGAGUCAUCUUCUAUCAAAACGAUCUUUGACGCUUAGCUAAAGUGCUAAAGCUAAGGACCGACAGGCGGACCACACCGACCGGGCAGCACGUCCCUCUCUCCGGUAUGAUGCCCGGCGACAGCAGCAUGGCCUCCAUCGUGCAGAGAAUCGCCCGGCAAGCUCUCAUUACCUUCCGAAGCCCGCCUCGGUUUGGAGACGAGCCCGCUAAAUCCUUCCUGGAGAACCAGAACAAACUAAGGAGCCUAAUGACGGAAAUACGAGCCUCGGAUCUGCAGCUCGUCCCGCGGAGAUCCGACGACAUUCCCUCGGGGCUUCCGUACCACGACCCCCCGGUCACCUACAUGCACAUCUGCGAGACGGACCAGUUCAGCAUGGGGGUGUUUCUGCUGAAAAAUGGAGCUUCCAUACCUCUGCACGACCACCCGGGGAUGCACGGCAUGCUGAAAGUCAUGUAUGGAAAGGUCAGGAUCAGUUGUUUUGACAGGUUGGAGCAGACCGACGCGCCCCCUCCUGCAACCCCGCAUCAGGUGGGCUCUCUGCGGCGUUCCCUGCUCCGAUCUACCGCUGAAUUCACGGAGGAAAGUGGGCCAUGCGUGCUCUCUCCGGACCGGGACAACCUGCACCAGAUCGACGCUGUGGACGGACCCACUGCGUUCAUGGACAUCCUGGCCCCUCCGUACGACCCGGACGAGGAUAGGGACUGUCAUUAUUAUAAGGUUCUUGCAGAAGGAGAGGUCAAAACAUCAGAAAAGGACAAGGAGGUUUGGCUCAUGGAGAUCUCACAGCCUCCGGAAUUCUGGUGCGGAGGGGAGCCGUAUCCAGGCCCGGAGGUUUGCCUUUGAGCCUGCCGUAAAACGUCUCCUUUUCUCGGGCUGCACUUGGCACAAGGCCGGGGAUUUAUUUUUGGACAAUGGGCUAUAAAGGAAGGGUCACUGUAAAUCAUUACUGAAGCCAUCACAUGCAUAAAGAGGGUCUGCAUUUAGCUGUGCAGAUGAGAUGGUCCUGCAACUGUUUGUCGACUAAUCACCAACUAAUUUAAUAGUCGAUUAAAAGUCAUUUUUCAUGCAAAUGUGUCAGAAAAUGCUGUUUCAUGACCCUCAAAUAAUAUAAUCCUAUAGUGGAUAUCUGUUGGUUUUGGACCAGAGGUUUCAAGACACCUUGGACUUUAAGAAACCUGGGAUGGACACUUCUCUGGGUUCUUAGAGCAAACCCCUAAUAGUGAAAUAAUCAGCCCUGCAGCCAACAAUAAGGUGAAGUCCUUGUUUUGUUUUGCUCACAUCGCUGCCAAGCAAGUGAUAUAUAUAACUCAAGUUUACAUUUCACUUGAACAAAAAGAUAUUGGAGUCCCAAGGCAAGUUUGUACUGAGAUCCAAACAUUUCUCAAUCUCUAUUAAGGGUCAAAUCAGCUGAAUGAGUUAUUUUGUGUGUUUCACUUCUAAUGCACUGGGAUCUAAAACACAUUUCAGAUCAUUCAGAAAGACAUGAAAUCUGAGUGUCAAGCAUUGGUCUUUCUGUUUAUCAAAUAUAUCACGUUGGAGAAGACAUUUCAAUGUUCUGGUGAUAUCAGCAGGAUUUCUGCUUUGCCACUGAACACUUUAAAUGUUUCAUCUCAUGCAUUUCUGCCUUUAUUUGGUGGGUUCGGUUUAAUUAAAGGCGGUGUCAUUGUGUAAAAGCAUACCAUCAAUCAGGUGACUGGUUUGAAAUCUGAAAAGCACCAAAAUUGGAGCUGUAAAUGAUCUGAGUAAUGAGCUUAAAAUAAGACCCUGUAAGGUAUUUUUUUGCAAAAGAGAUGCCAAGAAAUGAUGAGAUUGAUGCAGGGUGCUAAUGCUGCGUUCAAGAAUAAUCAGAAAGGCUGAGUUGGCUUCUAAAUCUAAAUCUUUUAAGAACACAUGUCAGCUUUCAGUAAUGCAUGCAGUUAUACAAACAGUUGCUGUGAGUUGCAUGUGUUCACGCUGCAGAACUGAUUAUGAAUAAUAUACUUGUUCCCGACUUCUGGCUGCACUUGAAUGCAGCAUUCAAAACAACCUGAGCUGAGAAUCCUCUGAGGAAAUGUCCCGAACCUCAGAAACAUGUUUUAUCGUCUUCCUGCUUCUGGAUUUGUGGCGUUUUGUUCCAGAAGUUCUGCUUUUUGAAGAAUGAAAAAUGUCUCAAACUCUCUAGGGUUUAUUCUUGAGUUUAGGACUUUGAGGGCAUUGUUUGUUUGCAACAUGUGCACUAAAUGAAGUGUCCCUCUUUUACCACAUAUGGAAGGAAAGGUUUUCAAUAUUUGUCUCGAAUGUCUAAUAAGGUAAAUAACGUUUGAAUUCCAGUUUGAAGGAAAUCAGAGGGGCAAGGUGAAUUUGUGAGUUUGGGUUUCUUAUAAAAUAUGAAAUGCUAGCUUAGGAUAAAAUAAAUAAAACUUAAGUAACAACAUG